GCCCUCAUGGCAGAUCUCCUUCUUCCUGGCACCCGCCAUCUUAAGUGGUGCUGCUUUCGCCGUUCUUGCGGUCUGCCGUAGCUGCUGCUUCAGCCCGGGCUGCAAUACACGAAUGGUUGAGACACAGCUGCAUCGUGAAGUGCUCACUCGCGUGGCACAAUCAACUCGCAACAUCUCCAAACUGAGCCCGAAAGUCAUGACUUCUGAGGUCCGGGCGAGCAAUGAAAAUUCAAGGAGUGAUCAAAGUUUGGCUGACAACGAUGACGAGAAUGAUGAGGAAAACAGUAGGAAAGCUGAGCAGAACUCCAUGCUUGCAGGAGACAAUGAGCAGGCCAUGGAAAAUGGAGGCUAUCGGGAUUCACCCUCGACUGGUCUU